GACUUCUCCACGACUGCUUUGUGUAGCAACACAACAGAAAAAUACUGGGCAGAACUUGGAAGAGGACCCGAGUCAGAGCCAAAAUGAGCAGAAAGUUGAACCCAGCUCUGCUGAAAAAAUGUUAGCUGAAGAAAAGAGCAAACUGGAAGAACAACUUAAAGAAGUUACUGACAAAUACAAGCGUGCCCUGGCAGAUGCAGAGAACGUGAGGCAGAGGAGCCAGAAGCUGGUGGAGGAGGCGAAGCUGUACGGGAUUCAGAGCUUCUGUAAGGAUUUACUAGAAGUUGCAGACAUUUUGGAGAAAGCGACAGAAAGCGUUCCAAAAGAAGAAAUUAAGGAUGACAACCCUCACUUGAAGAGCUUAUACGAAGGUCUUGUUAUGACAGAAGUACAGAUGCAGAAAGUGUUUAAAAAACACGGCCUGCUGAGACUGAACCCUGUGGGAGCCAGGUUCGACCCCUACGAGCACGAGGCGCUGUUCCACGCGCCCGCGGCCGGGCGGGAGCCCGGCACCGUCGCCCUGGUGUCCAAGGUGGGCUACAAGCUGCACGGGCGCACGCUGCGGCCGGCCCUGGUGGGCGUCGCCAAGGACGCCUAGCUGCCCAGCCUCAGUCUGAAAUGCCAUACAACUAUUACACGCCUGGAUGGGUUUUCUCU